AUAAUUCACAAAAAUCAUCUUCUCCUUCUUAACGGUUUGAUUUAGAAGCAAUGAACAAAUUCAGUCUCACAGUUAUGCUGGCUUUAGUCCUUAUUGGAUUAUUUGCAGUGCAGAGUGAUGCUGGUUAUGAUUAUUAUCCAGGAUAUAAUUCACCAUGGCCAUACAACAAUGGUUACUAUGGCUAUAAUGGAUACAAUGGUUAUCACGGACGUUAUGGCUGGAAUAAAGGCUGGAAUAACGGUCCAUGGGGAGGAUCAUAUUAUGGAAACAAAGGCUAUUUGUAUUAGAACUGAAACAGGAAAGAUAUCAAUAUUGAUAUGAAUAAUGAAUAAAUAAAGCUUAAUCUGUG